CCUGUUUGUGGUCCUGGCUCUACCUCUGGACUGAGGCCUUGUGCAGGUGAUUUCCUCAAGGUGGGGGUGCACUAAUUUGCUCUGGUUGAAUGCGGUUUAUACCAAGAACAUGAUUAUUAAGAUCGCUGCCAGUCAAAUUUUACUCCUGUGUCUCCUUCCAACUCUGUGCUAAGGUCCAUUUCUUUAAUUCCUCUCCCACGCCACUGCUCCCCAGUCAAUGGUAGUGAUAAGUCCACCUGAGGGACCAAUGGCAAAAUUGUGUGGUCCCAGGGGUUGUCUUUGGAUUCCCUUUCUAUCUUCUUUGUGUGAAUCCCCCCUUGUCUCUCUUUACUACAUCCCCAGGUACUUAAAACAUUCAUUCUGAAAGAGCAGCUGAAACAGAGCAGUGGGGAACCCAAAAGAACCAAUGGUGGAAUUUCUCUUUUCCCCAGAGAAACCUGAAGGAAAACCUAAGAUGCCCAGUUCAUCCUUCAAAUCACAGCUCUACACCUCCACCCCAACUUGGACACCUCUCCCAAAGUCAAUACUGAGACCUGAGAUGUGUCCAGAGACACCCUAAAGAGGCUGAGGGACUGAGGAGCCCGGGGGCACCCACAGGAAGAUUCCUGAAGCUGACUGGGCGCCACAGAGGAUCCACCUGUUAUUUGAGCAUCCUCCAGUUCUUUGCCCAUUUGGAUCCCUGUUGCUAUGGAGACCACCAACGGGACCGAGACCUGGUAUGAGAGCCUACACGCAGUGCUGAAGGCUCUAAAUGCCACUAUUCACAGCAACUUGCUCUGCCGGACAGGGCCAGACAGCCUGUCUGAGGGGCGGAGGACCAACGUACCUGGCCGUGAUGACAACUCCUACAUGUACAUUCUCUUCGUCAUGUUUCUAUUUGCUGCCACCGUGGGCAGCCUCAUCCUGGGAUAUACCCGCUCCCGCAAAGUGGACAAGCGCAGUGACCCCUACCAUGUGUACAUCAAGAACCGUGUGUCUAUGAUCUGAGGCUACGGGGCUGGGAAGGGCAGCAUAUGGCAGCAUAUCAAGACACCAGAACCCAGUUAUGGACCACAUCAGGCUUCAGUGUCCCCAUCUGUAAGAUCAACGAGAAACAGUCCUAAGGGAGGUCAUCAUUAGAGUGGGAGGAGAAGGGCUGGCAGACCUGGGCCUUAUGGAUAAAGAUUUUUUUCCCCCAGUAAGGGUAGACUUUAUAGACAAUGGGAGCCCCGUGAACAAAUAUAUAGAAGUAGCAAAAGAUAAUAACCAAUAAUUGGCCCAGUGGCUGGAGUACUGGGGGUUAGGGGCUAGAGGCUGGAGGAAGGAGAAAAGGAAAUUGUAGCAAAGGGAGAUGAAACAGGAAGAUGCACUGAGGACACAUUUUUUAAAAAAAGAUGUUAUGUAUUUGAAAGAGAGGCAGAGACAAAGCAUAAGCAGGGGGAGGGGG